AGCCAGACAGUUUAUAACAGACGUUUCCGGCGCCCAAUCGGAAUAUUGUAAAACCCGGGGAUACUUUGUGGAGGGAGGCGAGGCUACCAAUGCGCAGGGGCAACGGGAGGGCUGCGGGGAUCGGGGGUAUAUUGGAUGCUUCCGGGGUGGUCAGGGGCGGCUGUGUGAGGAGUUGCCUCGCUAAGUAGCUGGACACUGUAUGGUGGAGAGGGGAUUUAAGGAAAACAUUGAUGGUCUUUCCUUCAGAAAAGGUUUAGAAGAACGGCUAAUCUGGACUUUUAGUUGUGUUUUAAGGAUUUGCUGCAUCGAUAUAUAAAAUACGACCCGCGCCUUGCCUGUCUAUCUGUAUGGUGUCUGUAUCACUCUCUGGUGUCUAACUUGCUAUUCACAUCAUGAGCACUGCUCAACGGAAACGCAAGGCAGCCGACUCCAGUCAUUCGAGGAGAGCCAAUAAAAGGCGCGCAGGACACGGCUCCACUGCCAAUAUGGCCGCAGCGACGGAGCCCAUAGAGCUGGAGGAAAGUGGGGAAGAAGUGGUGGAUCUUACAUGUGAAUCCACUGAACCGGUAGUGGUGGACUUAACUCACAACGAUUCUGUUGUUAUUGUCGAAGAUAAUCAGGGUCAAAGGAGAGGCAGCUCUAGAGCCUCCCAGCAAACAGCCAGCUGCAUACUGAGCAGCGAUGAUGAAGAUUCCCGCGACAUCGACCUGCUUGGCACCAGCAGGGUUCCCAGGGACGCGCCGUCCGUAGAUCAUGAUAGUUCGAGGCUUUCAGCCGGCAGAAUUAGUUGUCCGAUCUGCAUGGAUGGCUACACUGAAAUAACGCAAAGUAGACGUCUCAUUGUGUCCACUAAAUGUGGCCAUAUUUUCUGCAGCCAGUGCCUUCGAGACGCUCUUAAAAAUGCGACGUCAUGCCCAACCUGCAGGAAGAAACUGACUCAUAAACAGUACCAUCCGAUCUAUAUAUAAAAUUGCCAAAAAUGUGCAGUGUUGCCUGUCUUAUUCAUUACCAAACCUGACUUUGGGCCCGUGAUCCAGCACGCUGUCGCAAUGUGUCGUGCCUGCUUCCCGCAGAAGGAUACUGGGGAGCAACCUCCUGGGACAUCGUGUCACAACGCAGAUUGGCGGCUGCUAACUAAAUGCGGAUUAAGACAGGAUGGUAGUGUUAUACCACCUAUAUUUGUAUAGUGUGUCUUUCAUUAAGUUUCAUAGAACGUUGGGGUU